AUGACACAUGGACUGAGAGUGGAGGAGUUCAGUCCUCGUGCAGUGUACACUAGUGGCAAGGCCUCGACAGCAGCUGGACUCACAGCUGCCGUGGUCAAGGACGAGGAGAGUCACGAGUUUGUUAUAGAGGCUGGCGCUCUCAUGCUCGCUGACAAUGGAGUUUGUUGUAUUGACGAGUUUGACAAGAUGGACCUCAAAGACCAAGUAGCUAUUUAUGAAGCCAUGGAGCAACAGACCAUCUCAAUCACCAAGGCUGGUGUCAAGGCAACUCUCAAUACUCGUACAUCCAUCCUAGCUGCGGCUAAUCCGAUUGGUGGUCGCUAUGACCGGUCAAAAUCACUCAAGAUGAACAUCCAGCUCACUGCCCCCAUCAUGUCGCGCUUUGACCUCUUCUUCAUCAUAGUUGAUGAGUGUAACGAGGUGACUGACUAUCUCAUCGCUAGGCGUAUUGUAGACCUCCACAGUCACAAGACAGAGGCAGUGGAGCGUGUCUAUUCCCUCGAGGAGAUCCAGCGCUACGUAUUGUUUGCUCGUCAGUUCAAGCCUCGUAUCAGCCCCACCUCUGGUGAGUACAUGGUGGAGCAGUACAAGAAGCUACGGCAGAGAGACUGCUCGGGCGUGGCUCGGUCGUCAUGGAGAAUCACCGUGAGACAGUUGGAGAGUUUGAUACGACUCGCGGAGGCCAUGGCCAGGAUCCACUGCUCUGAUGAGGUACAACCUAAGCAUGUGAAGGAAGGCUUUCGUUUGCUCAAUAAGUCCAUUAUUCGUGUGGAGACUCCGGACAUCAACUUUGACGAGGAUGAACAGAUCAUCAAUGGCAAUGAUGAGGACUGCAUGACCAAUGGUGAAAAUGGUGUCAAUGGCGAGAAUGGAGUGAACGCCCACACUCCAAUAGACCAAUCAGAUCCAUCCACCCAACCGCCGGUGAAAACCAAGAAGAUACGAGUUACGUAUGAGGAAUAUCGUAUCAUCUCCAACCUGCUCAUCCUGCACAUGCGUCAGAGCGAGGAGGCAGACAAAGUUUGA